AGAAAAAUCUCGAUUAGGCCCAAAAAGUUGAAAGGGAUUGGUGAAUACUUGAAAUUUGUUCCAAUAAAACACAAAGCCCUAUCAAAGUAGAGAUCGUCCCGACAAUCUUACUCUUACACUCCCUACUAUAGAUCUGAAUCUCAGCUUCUUCAUUCUAUUUAGGCAUUUUCAGAUUAAUAAUGGAGUAUGAAGGAAUUUUGUUAGGUAUGGGAAAUCCUCUAUUGGAUAUCUCUGCUGUAGUCGAUGAUGAAUUUUUGAACAAGUAUGAAAUCAAAUUGAACAAUGCUAUACUUGCAGAAGACAAGCACUUGCCAAUGUACGGAGAAAUGAAUGAGAAAUUUAAAGUGGAAUUUAUUGCUGGAGGUGCUACCCAAAAUUCGAUCAGAGUUGCGCAAUGGAUGCUCCAAAAACCUGGUGCCACCAGUUACAUGGGCUGCAUUGGAAAAGACAAGUUUGGAGAGGAGAUGAAGCGCGAUGCAAAAUUAGCUGGUGUGAAUGUUCACUAUUAUGAACAUGAGUCUGUACCUACUGGUACCUGUGCUGUUUGUAUCGUUGGUGGUGAAAGAUCAUUAGUUGCUAAUCUGUCGGCUGCUAACUGCUACAAGGUUGACCAUUUGAAGAAACCUGAAAACUGGGCAUUGGUUGAGAAAGCCAAGUACUAUUACAUUGCCGGCUUUUUUCUUACUGUAUCUCCGGAAUCCAUUCAACUUGUUGCUGAACAUGCAGCUGCAAAUAAUAAGUAUUUCAUGAUGAAUCUCUCCGCUCCAUUCAUCUGUGAAUUUUUCAAGGAUCCCCAGGAGAAAGUUUUGCCAUACGCAGAUACUGUUUUUGGCAAUGAAGAUGAAGCAAGGGCCUUCUCAAAGGCUCAUGGUUGGGAGACUGACGACAUCAAGGAGAUUGCCCUUAAGAUAUCCCAGUGGCCCAAGGCAUCAGAAACACACAAGAGAAUAACUGUGAUUACACAGGGUGCUGAUCCCGUUGUUGUUGCUGAAGACGGCAAAGUGAAGACAUUCCCAGUACCAUUGUUGCCCAAGGAAAAGUUGGUUGAUACAAAUGGAGCAGGUGAUGCUUUUGUCGGAGGAUUCAUAUCCCAGCUGGUUCAGGGAAAACCUAUUGAUGACUGUGUGAGGGCUGGUAACUAUGCUGCUAAUGUUAUUAUCCAAAGGUCAGGCUGCACAUACCCUGAGAAGCCCGACUUCAACUGAUCAACCUCAUCAGCUUUUUCCUUAUUGCAUUACCAGUUACUACAAUAAAUUUUUUUAGAAAAGUUCGGUAUUACAAUAGUUUUGAUGAGUCAUCAAUGAUUUUUAUCGGAGGACUAAUUAUUAGUCAGUUUUCCCAGUAGCAUGAUCAAUAUAUAGAACUUUGUUUUGUGGGUUAAUAAAGAUAUUUUCGGCUUGAUAGUAUACUUGGCAAAUUC